UGUAAACGUUUCAGAGGACUGCAGUGUGGGGGGAACUUAUACAGGGGUGGAAGCUAUGGGUUUGUUAUGGAGCCUUAAACCAGUUCCAGGCAGCAAAGCAGGGCUCAGGAUGAGGAAGAAGAAUGUCCUGGCCCCCAUGGUGGUCACCAUCUCUGUUUACCAGGGUCACCUGAGUGAGGGCUUUGGGGAUCAGGAGCCUCUGGCCGGUGUGGAAGUGGAGCGGUGGUACAUGGCACCUGGUGUCCGACGGAUUCCAGUCACAGAGGAUGGACUCACUGCCACCCUCUUCCUACCUUCAGGACCUGGACCUUUUCCUGGUCUCCUGGACCUGUGGGGUGGUGGGGGGCAGCUGGUGGAGUACCGGGCGGCGCUGCUGGCCUCUCAUGGGAUUGCCACCAUGGCUCUGGAUUACCUGACAUGUAAAUACACCAUGGAAACAGGAACCUUUGUGAAGCAGGACUACUUUGAGACGGCCUUUAAAUUCCUCCAGAAGCACCCCAAGGUCCUGAGCAGCAGAAUGGCCAUGCUGGGCCUCUCCCUGGGCACCAGCAUCACCCUGAGGAUGGCUGUCUGUUCUGAAGUUACCAAGUUCAGGUGUGCAGUAUGCAUCAGUGGCAGUCACGUUCAGCCCAUGGAUGGAUUUCUGAAGGAAACGUUGGAUUACUUCUUCAGGAACUCUGGGAAAACUCGCUUUACUAAAGAUGAUGAAGUGAUCUGGAGAGAUCUGCUGCUGCCCAUCCCCUCUGACCCCUCCCUCAAAGUGGAUGUGGGAAAACUCCAGUGUCCACUGAUGCUAAUCGUUGGAGAAGACGAUCAGAACUGGUGUACCUAUGAGUCGGCAAUGGAUAUGAAGGCGAUGAUGGAGCGAGCAGGGAACAGCCAUCUACUGACCCUCCUGUCGUAUCCUAACGCAGGUCACCUAAUCGAGCCACCGUACACGCCACACGCACGAGCCAGUGUGUUCAGAGAUGUUCAGUCACGCCAAAAGCUGAUGGCUCUGUGGGGGGGGCAGACCCUGGAACAUUCCCGGGCCCAGGAGGACGCCUGGAGGAAACUCUUGGUGUUUCUGAGGACCAACCUGUAUGGAGGCGUAAAGCCUGGAGCUUCAUCGCUUUCCAACCUUUAAAUAAUGGCUGUUGGUUUGGAAGCAGAGGCCAGAUCCUCAGUUUUCUGCUAAAUCAUGGGAAUCACAUUAAAAUAAACAGAAAACAAGCUUUGAACUAAUAAAUACUCUGUUCAGAU